CUUUUUCCUAUAGCAUCACUUCCGGUUCCGCUUCAUGCGCUGCUAGGUUGUCACCACCUUUGCUAUUUAUUUUGUGUUAAACGUUGUGUAUCUGUCACUUUUAAACCAAACUGACAUAUUUGCAACGACAUAGUGUGCAUCGUCAUAGUGGAUUCGCAACUUUCUUUUAAUUCAAGAUGGUAUUUUACUUCACAAGCGCUGUUGUGACUCCACCUUACACGAUCUACAUGGGAAAAGACAAAUACGAAAAUGAAGACCUCAUAAAAUAUGGAUGGCCCGAAGAUAUUUGGUUUCAUGUGGACAAGCUAUCCUCUGCCCAUGUGUACCUCAGAAUGCCUAAGGGGAAAACUAUUGAUGCCAUCCCGAAAGAGGUCUUGAUUGAUUGUGCACAGCUGGUGAAAAAUAACAGCAUUCAAGGCUGCAAGAUGAAUAACAUCAAUGUUGUGUACACCUCUUGGAGCAACCUCAAGAAAACAGGAGACAUGGAUGUUGGCCAGAUAGGCUUCUUCCGGCACAAGGAUGUUAAAACUGUCGCAGUUGAGAAGAAGAUCAAUGAGAUCACCAACCGCCUGGAGAAGACAAAAGAUGAGCGAUACCCAGACCUGGCAGCAGAGAAAGAGUCCCGGGACCGAGAGGAGCGAAACGAGAAGAAGGUAGUGGUUCAGGACCAGAAGAAAAAGGAGAAGGAGGAUGUGAAGAAGAGGAAGGAGGUGGAGGACAUGAGGAGUUACUCGUCUCUCAUGAAGAGUGAAAACAUGACCACAAAUGAGGACGGAAACGACUCGGACGACUUCAUGUAGACACGGGGACGCUCUGGGGGCGUGAGGCUAGGGAGCGGGAGACGUCUUUCCAUACCGUUACCCUGACCACUGCUGCCGUGCGCCCACGUCAAUGGCGCCGGGGCGGGCAUUUGGAAUCGUGCGUUGAUGAACAGAUGAACUUGGUCACUGUGUGAUUGAAAAAUAAACAGUCGUGCCAAUUAAGCACAAUACCAAGACUAUGUCAGUGCUCAAGCAGCUACACUUUGUACGGAGCUACAAAAUCUAACAUCAACUACAAAAUCUAACAACAACAAUAAUAAUAAUAAUAACAACAACAACAACAACAACAAACUAAGAUCACCACUGGUCUCUCUUAACAAGACCUGCUGAAAUUGCAGAAAAUACCUGUGAUGGGUUGAGGUCUUUGUUAAAAUGAAUAACGAAUACGUCCUUUAUCCUGGAACUUUGCAGUCCUUAACUCUGAAGAUGUCUCUGUCAUUUGGUAAUGUCAGUGCUGCAUGUAGACCUAAAUACACGGCCAAUGGUCCUGCUCUGGCUCUGUCUCUCUGGCGAUGGGUCAACACGUAAACAGGAACACAUGUAUCACCUACAUCACCGUGAAUGCUGCUCCGCAGAGUCAGGACCCAGAGAGUAACCUCAUGUUGUGAAAUUCUAUCUAGGAUUUGCUCUUGUCAGUGUGACAGAGGAUGGUGACUGGUCUAAAUAAAGCUUUACCACCUU